GAAACCGCCAACACCAGCGCCUCUGACAAAACCGCCAACACCAGCGCCCUCGACCAACUUGAAACAGACGAACACAACUUUGCAGCCGAACUCAAAAUCUAUCAAUGAAGAGCCCCGUUCAACCACACCUGCACCUGCGCUUCCAUCUAAGACCCCCACACCUGCACCUCUCUCCAGGACCCAUACACCGAUGCCCACAUCCAAAUCGAGGUGUACAAGCCCAGGUCUUACAUCCACUUCCGUCCGCAAUUUUACUGAUUACGACCCUGCGAACCCAAUUCGUCCCAUGCCAGGCCUCAAAUCUCCAUCUACCGAACCAGACCCAAUUUUCCCAGGUGCAGGAGCGCGUCAUGAAUCUGCCACCGGGGAGUUCAAUCUCUUGGACACCGGUGUUGAUAUUGAUGACGAUCCGCCACCGCCAUUCAAAGAAUUCGAGUCGCCUGUGCAUCCACGCGGGACGAAUUUUGGUGGAGGCGUUGGUAAUGGGAAGGGAUCAGGUGGACAGGUCACGGAGAGUUCUAGAGAUGCAGGUACUGUUGCCUGCGCCGCCAGCUGCCGAGGGUGAUGCGCAAGGAGAAGGGCAGGAUGGGGUCUCCAAAGGGGAAGUGGAUGGCGUAGGUGGACAAGACUCCGAUGCGGAUAGCCCGGACCAAGAGGAGAGUGCUCGAGACAAAGGGAAGGAUAGUCAAGAGCAAGAAAAAAGUAAACAAGACGGAGAUGGUAAUCAGGGAGCUGUCGAUAAAAGCCAAGCCGCGUGCGAAGAUGCCAACCUUGCAAGCGGUGGUACCCAAGAUACAGAACCCACGCGUCUCACUCCCGCCCAAGAAGAGGCUGAAACCCAUCGCAAUGCCUUCCUACUUAAAGAAGUAGCCCGACUUGAGGAAUUACGCAAAAGGGAGUGCUGUGAAAGGAAGAAUGUCGAGGAUUAUUUUUGCUGACCCACCCGAACAGUCACCACCCACUUCCGAAAUCUCCUCUGUCGGAAAAAGUCCUCAGGAUCUCAACAUUGCUCUGACGAAUACAAUCAUCGAUCUGCUUCUUGAGCGGCAGGACGUUGGACCGAUCCAAGUUACAGUGUCUAACACGAAGAAUAAGCACAAAGCUGUGGAAAAGUUAUUGAA